AAGGGAGGCUUGAGUAACGGGCGGAACGGGUCGAAACAAAAAGCAAAGCUCUACGAGUAGAAAUUAGAAUGAAUGUUUUUUGGAUCCGGGAGGGAGUGUAUAAAAACACUUGUAUUCAAAUUUCGUUACUAAAUUGGCGAUAAUUGGAAGUUUUGCGUAGAAAUCGGGGGGACUGGGGAAGCAACUGACAGAGAUUGGUAGCAGAAAAAGAAAGGCAGGGCAGCCAAUGAGAGAAUAAUCGUGCCUUGCUGUUUUUGGGCGGGUGCAGAUUACAGUGCGCGCCUGCCACAAAUACACUUAAAAGGCCUUAAGAUAGCGGGAAGAUUCAUUGAAAGCGCAGGUGGGUUGGCGCUUGGAAAUUCUUUUGAGAGUAGAGUUGAGAGAGAAAGCAGGAAGCCCAUGGAGCAACAUCAGGCGGGAGCUGGGGCAGGGGGAGGAGGAGGAGGAGGAGGAGGAAUGUACCAGCCGGUUGGAGGGCCAGCGUACCAGCAGGUGUUGCAGCAGCAACAGCAGCAGCUGCACUCUUUUUGGGCGUUUCAGAUGCAGGAGAUCGAGCAGGCGAGCGAUUUCAAGAACCAUCAGUUGCCCCUGGCUCGCAUAAAGAAGAUUAUGAAGGCGGAUGAGGAUGUGCGCAUGAUAUCUGCGGAGGCCCCUGUUCUGUUCGCCAAAGCUUGCGAGAUGUUCAUACUGGAGCUGACGCUGCGGUCUUGGAUCCACGCAGAGGAGAACAAGCGCCGCACUCUGCAGAAGAACGACAUUGCUGCAGCCAUCACGCGCACUGACAUCUUUGAUUUCCUUGUAGACAUUGUGCCCCGUGAUGACCCUAAUGCUAAGGAUCCUGACGCCUUGCCCCUCGCUCGCGACGCCGCUUAUUUUUACCCCCACAUGACCGUGCCCCUGCCCAUGCCCCAGCCCAUGCCUGGCCAGCCGCCUUCUGUCAUGCUCGGCCGCCCUGCCCCUGCUGCAAUGCAGAUGGACCCCUCGCUUUACAUGCAGCCGCCUCGUACCUACGCCAUGCCCCCCCACCACAUGUGGCAGCAGCAGCAGCAGCAAAUUCUCGAUGGGCAGGCCUACGGACAGCCCCACAGCAUGACCGACGGGCAGCCCUACCUGCAACAGCAAAUGCCGGACGGGCAGUCUUACGGAACCCCGCCCCCUUCUUCCGAGUGAAAAGCUCAACUUCUUUUGGACGCUGGAGCCUCAUGGAGGUUUAAUUUUACCUUGUUUUGUAAUUCUUCUCUUAAGUACUCGCUUCCUUGGAACAUAUUUGGAGUUGGUUCCUAAUUACCGUCUAUAUGAUACAUAUAUUUUUCGAUUCGAUCUUCUUUAGCUUUCUGUAAUUGUGCCGUUUUGGCAGUCUCUUCCCAUUUUUUCUUCCAAUCAUGUUUCUUGUACGGCAAGAAUGCUUUGGCCUAAAAGAAAGCAACCUGGGUACCUAAAUAACACCAGCUGUUUAAGCUUUA